GGCAUGCCUGAGAGGAGGAGGAGUCAAGCAUGCUGCCUGCUCCCCAGAAGAAAUGAAGGAUCUGCCAGUGAAGUGUGCAUGCGUCCAGGAAGGGUACGGCUCACCCGAGGACAGAACGCAGUGCUUGCGACUGACAGCGGACCGGGAUAAGCAUGAGAGUACUGCACUACAUGUGGCUCCCUCAGCCGCACGACACCCGCUUCGCUCAGAGAAUAGCAGUAAUGGUUUACGAAGAAAACGAAGCACCAGGACACUUCUGAGGCAACAGGACAGGAUGCGCUGCAUAUUGCUCAACAGUGGAGGUGGCGGUCGGGCUGAUUGUGUGCCAGGAACGAGCUUUAUGAUUGAUUGCAACAAGUGUAUUUGUGGGCAGUGCGGCAGGCGUGCGUACUGUACCAAGAAAAACUGCCGGAAUGUACUAGAUGAUGCGUGUGAACCUGGAAGAGUGACCAAAGUAGAAUGCAACACUUGUAUCUGCAGUGCUCACGGAAGGUGGACGUGUACCCAGAAGCUAUGCCACGGAUUCAAAUAUGAAGAAUGCGGACCCAGAACAGUACCGAAGGGACUUGACGACAUAGCAGCUAAUCAGUCGUGUAUUCCAGGCACUUCAUUCAGGAUCGGAUGUCAGCGGUGCUACUGCUCACGCGAUGGUGUAUCGGCUGUGUGUCGCCGUCCACCCUGCAACGGUAUCAAAGUUUAG